AGCUCCGUGUAUAGCUAGCUCCGAGUAGCUCCGUGAAUAGCUAGCUCCGAGUAGCUCCGUGUGUAGCUAGCUCCGAGUAGCCCCGUCUGUAGCUAGCUCCGAGUAGCUCCGUGUGUAACUGGCUCCGUGUAGCUCCGUGAGUAACGUUAGCUCCGAGUAGCCCCGUGUGUAGCUAGCUCCGAGUAGCCCCGUGUGUAGCUAGCUCCGAGUAGCUCCGUGAGUAACGUUAGCUCCGAGUAGCUCCGUGAUUAACGUUAGCUCCGAGUAGCUAGCUUUGUAUAAAACGGAGCUAGCUACAGUUACGAAUGGAGGAGAUGAGACCGUGUGAGGUGAGAUAUGAUGAUAUGCUUUGUGUUUUUUUAAACGAACGUGCAAAACGUAGCGGACAUGCUAGGGACUUUCUUAACUUCUACAGUUAAUCUUAGAGCAUCUAAAGAUGUUCUUAAAUUGUGAAACAGUGUUAAAUUAAAAUUUGAAUUGCGCUGUUAUGGAUUUUCUUAUAUUAUCUCCGUUUAUUACUGAUUUAAAUGGCUAUAGAAAGUUUUCUGAUCGUGCAUGUUCUAUAAAUAAAGAUAAAAAUGCUGAUAGCCUUCUUUGGUCAUUUCAGUAACAAAAUAUGCAUCGGCGAAGACGCUUAAAUCCGAAGGAUGAUGCCAAAUUUUACAUUGAUACUGGAGGGGACAAAGUGGGACUUGAUGUCAAAUACAUCAAUGCCUUCAAAGGUCGCGGCAUCUUCACCUCGGCUCCAUUUGAUAAAGGAGACUUUCUGUUAGAAUAUAGAGGUGAACUAAUAAACCAUAAAGAAUGUCAGAGGAGACAGAGCCUUUACCAUGACCACCUUAAGGUGUUCAUGUUCGAGUUCCAUUUUAAUGGAAAACUAUGGUGUGUUGAUGCAGCAAAAGAGGAUAGGUCUCUUGGAAGGCUUGUAAAUGACGAUAAUGUAAACCCCAAUGCCAAGAUGAAGUACCUAAACAUCCAAGGGAAGCCCCAUCUGUGUUUGUUUGCAGCACGAGACAUCAGUCAAGGAGAGGAGAUCACCUAUAAUUAUGGUGACUCUGACUGGCCAUGGCGAUGCAAGAUGAUCACUGCGAAUGAGCUGAUGGAGUCUGCUGCAAGUGACGAGGCCAACAAGAUUGAGACCUCUGUGGAUGGCCUGAGUCCAACAUGUCCACAACAUAGUCCCCCCAAAAGGGUUGAAAAGAUGAUCACUGCGAAUGAGCUGAUGGAGUCUGCUGCAAGUGACGAGGCCAACAAGAUUGAGACCUCUGUGGAUGGCCUGAGUCCAACAUGUCCACAACAUAGUCCCCCCAAAAGGGUUGAAAAGAUGAUCACUGCGAAUGAGCUGAUGGAGUCUGCUGCAAGUGACGAGGCCAACAAGAUUGAGACCUCUGCGGAUGGCCUGAGUCCAACAUGUCCACAACAUAGUCCCCCCAAAAGGGUUGAAAAGAUGAUCACUGCGAAUGAGCUGAUGGAGUCUGCUGCGAGUGACAAGGCCAACAAGAUUGAGACCUCUGUGGAUGGCCUGAGUCCAACAUGUCCACAACAUGGUCCCCCCAAAAGGGUUGAAAAGUGUCUAAAGCAUCACCUGGUGUCCGCAACAAUAUCCUCUUUGGACAAAUGUGUCCAAUGUGUGGGACCUGUAUCCUCCUUCAAGUGGGUUGGCUAUGAAUGCAGAGUUUGUUCAGGAGUCUGGCAUAAAUCCUGCCUCAGGAAAAUGACGAAUGAUAACCAAGACCCAUCACAGUUUCUCGAUCAAAUAUCUGAUGAUGAUGACGAUGAUGACAACGACGAGUGUGUGUCGAGUGAGGAAUACAUACCAGACUCGGAAACCCAUGAUGAGGAUGAUGAUUCAGAUGCAAGCAUCCCCAUUACCCCAAGUCAGUUGAAAGCCGGAUGGAUUAAAGUAAAACCAGUGCUACCUGAUGUUGGAACAGCCCAUGGGUCAGACAAAAGCAUCCCAGUUCUGUCCAGUUCAUCAAAAGGUUGCCCAUCUGCUGCUGAAACAUUGAAUUCUCCCAAAGACUUGACAAAGGAAAAGUGUGAAGUUGAGCUUAAACAAGUAAACAAUCUGACCAUGACCAAAAAGAAUUACUGUUAUGUUUGUGGUAAGCCACAAAGCAAAAUUUCCCGCCAUUUGAAAACACACAAGACGGAUGCUGAAAUUGUAAAAGCAUUUUCCCUCCCUGAGCACUCAAAAGAGCGCAAGAUUUUGGUAGAAAAGAUGAGGAAUAAGGGAAAUUUUAGACACAACACUGCAGUUUUAAAAGAUGGAACAGGGCCACUGAAAGUGAAAAGAAAACCAAAGGCUAAAGCACUCGCUGGAAAGUUUAUUCACUGUAUGUACUGUCAGGGCAUGUACAUUCGUAAGGAACUUUGGAGACAUGCCCGCAGAUGCCCCUUUAAGCCAGAAAACACUGAACUGAAUAGAGAACCUGGGAGAACAAAAGUACUGGCUUUGGCUGAAGCUCAAAAAAAUGCAUUCUGUCAGCAGAUCUCAAGCGGAGUGUGGAAGAUCCUUAGUGUCAUGAAACAGGAUGAGGUUGCCUCUGUUGUGCGAAAUGACCUCUCCAUUAUUAAUUUAGCUCAGUCACUCUACAACAAACAUGGACAAGACCCUACUAAGUACGAGUACAUACGACAGAAGCUCCGUGAAGUGGGGCGUUUGUUGCUAUGUCUGCGUACAGACUUCUCUGUGCAUAACCUAGAGGAGGCUGUUAAACCUGCUAACUUCCAGAGGGUUGUGCAAGCUGUAAAGAGAGUUUCCGGUUUUGAUGAAGAAAAACACUCGUAUGCAACACCAAGCCUCGCUCUGAAAUUGGGUCAUACACUUCAGAAAAUUUGUGACAUUGUUCAUUGUAGGGCCCUCAUGGCCGAAGAUGAGGACCUGAUCAAGUCCACUGACAUGUUCAAGAAGCUCUACACCACCAAGUGGUCUGAGGUGGUGUCUCACGGUGCCCUGAACACAUUGAGUGAUGCAAAAUAUAACAAGCCAUCAACAUUACCCUUCACAGAAGAUGUUCAGAUCCUUCAUCGGCACCUUGAGAACUCUGCAGAAACUGCCUUUCGCAACUUGGAGGAGGCCAGUACUCAGAACUACGCACAACUUGCAAAGUGUACACUUGCACAAAUCAUUGUGUUCAAUCGAAGACGUGCUGGGGAGGUUUCAAAAAUGCGCCUCAAAAGUUUCCAUGAAAGAGACAAUACGAAGCUUCAUGAAGAUGUUGCAAUGGGGUUGUCGAAGACUGAACAGAGACUCUGCAACUAUUUCAGCCGAAUCGAAAUAAUGGGGAAAAGGGGCAGAAAGGUUGCAGUUCUGCUCACACCAAGCAUGGUGGAGGCUCUGUCACUCCUUACCAGCAAAAGAAUGGAUUGUGGUGUUUGUGCCACAAAUGUCUUCCUGUUCGCCAUACCCAACUCGAUGAGCCACUACAGAGGACAGGACUGUUUGCGUGUUCAUGCAAGCGAGUGUGGAGCAAAGCACCCCGAGUACCUCAGGUCGACACAGCUCAGGAAACAUGUCGCCACACUCUCUCAAGUCCUUAAUUUGAAAAACAACGAACUUGAUCAAGUUGCAGAUUUCCUGGGUCACGACAUCCGUGUUCACCGGGAUUUCUACAGAUUACCAGUUCCCACAACACAACUGGCAAAGAUUUCCAAAUUGCUUUUAUCGAUGGAGAAAGGGAAUCUUUCCACCAUGCAGGGGAAAUCACUGGACGAAAUUGAAGUGGAAGAUGAAAUUGCAUUAAGCGACGCUGAAGAAAAGGACAGUGGGAGUGAAUCAGAUGACGGUUGCACAGCAGGCAGAGGAUCAGAGGGUGGGACUAGCGAGCCUGUAAAUGCUGCAUCCGACUCUACAAAGCAGGUCCAUGGCUUUGACGAUGCAGGAACCGUGUCGUCCACAGUAAAUGAGAGCUACCCUCUCUCUGAAGGAAAAGAUGCUGGGUCCAGAAGAGGGACAAAGAGAGCGUGGUCUAAAUGUGAGGUUCAAGCGGUAAUGCGGCACUUCAAAGACCAUAUUCGUAAAGGUCACUUGGCCACCAAGAACGAAUGCAGUCACUGCAAGUUGGUUGAAGGACCCGUCUUGGAACAAAGAACUGUGCAAAAUGUCAGAGACUUCGUCCGGAAUCGGGGAACAGCUGAAAAAAGACGGUCCCAGCUGUAAACAAACAAGCGUUUUUGUUAUUUGUUCUACAUCCUUUUUUGUCUUAUCUGUUGAUUAGGUAAAUUUCCAUGGUGCGAUGAAAAAAUGUUAUGUAUGUCCUGCCCAUCGCUCUGUCGUUCUCUUCGGUUGUUUGGUAAACAGGACUUGUUUUUCCAAAAGCACUAGUCUUUUGUAAACAAUUGUUUCAUAAAAUAGUUUACAAAACCACUGUAGUCUGGUUGCUUGUGUCCUGAGUGGGACAGUAAUAAAAAAAUCGCCCCAGCUCAUUGUUGUGUUUUUCAUGUUAAGUGAAACCCAGGUUGUAGGGGCUGAUCUCCCUCUGCAUAGAUGGAUCAUUAGAUAAUAUAGAUAGAUUUCUACACAUACUGUCUCAGUUUGAGGGGCUAAAUUUGUAUGCCACUAAUUUGGCCAUCCUUUAACAAUAUUUUUUUAUAUUAAAUUGAUGGUUCCAGUAAUGCUGUGUCCAGUCUGUGUGUAUUUAUGUUAAUGAGGAGGGCGGGAUCAUUGUCCCUUUAAAGACCCAAUAGUGUUUUCUUGGUCCUUAUAAGUCAUACUUUUGUCAAAAUAAAAAUGUCUACCUAUACCACAGUAUAAUUAGGUUGCUGUGUAUGAGGUUGUGUAGGGUGUAUCUGAAAUCUAAAGUGAGCUGAUUUUUUUUCAGAUUUUUUGAAGUGUUUUAACCUAACUGCCAAAGCUGAAGGACCUCAGGAAAGGGUAGUCCAUCUAAACCACACCCGGGCCUGUAUGGCGAAAAAGUCCACCUAAUACAUAUCUACCUGUAUGUGUGUGUGUGUGUGUGUGUGUGUGUGUGUGUGUGUGUGUGUGACAUAAUUCGUUUUCAUAUCACAGAUAUAUUCAUCUCUGGCGAGUCGGCUCCACCGAGGUAUAAAUAAUUCUGCCCUUUUUGUUCCUACUCUCUCAAUCCUCCUUAUCAAAGUCCACAAAUCAGUUUGUUGUCUUUCACUCAUCUCGCUGCACUUGUCUAUGUUCACUUGUCCUCCUUGCACUCAUCCUCCUCUUUCUGCAGCUGUGAAUGUAGCUCCAGGUUACGGUUUGCCAAAGACAGUUAGACGCUCCAAAACCCAGUCACGUAUCAAUUCAUUUAUUACUGUAGCUGCAUGAUAAUUAGAAACGUCGGAAACCACUUGUGUGGUCGUGUCAUUGGGAUGGGAUGUUUUUGCAUCAGAAUUUGUGGUGUUUUACCUGUAAAGUUGUUUAUUUCCCAUCAAAUUAAAAAUGUCGGUGACGUCCAACAUUUUGGGAGAAUGCCCUCAGUGUGUGGAGGAAUGUUCAUAUUAGAUAGUUUAUAGUGAUGCUUGUUCUGUCCAUAGUUCAGUCUUGUCUGUAAUUUAACAGGCUCUUUGGAGCCAAUUUUGCUCACCAGCAUAAACUAUUACUAUUAUUUAUCAUUAAUUUCAAUCUAAUCCAAGAAUUGGAGUAUGGAUGAGGUUUUUGGGGAAUAAAGAGAAGUGUAUAUCUCUUGCUUUUUAAUGUUACAUUUGUUGUCAGAUUUUCAAAUAUAUGUAAGCCGCUUUAGUUUUUGCAAUCAAAUAUAUAAAUGGAGUAUAUAGUGCCAUUUUUUUCUUAAAAAAAUUUGGACCCGUGCAUUUCUUCUAAUCUAUUUUAACCAGGUCUCAAUAAAAGAAUCGUAGGCCUAUUUUCUACAUGACUGUUUCUUUGGUGGAUUGAAUUUUCGUCAUAGAAACUGGAUAUCGCUGUGCAGUAUUUACUAUACAUAUUAUGUUUUUCCUAUCUUGAUGUACACAGGAAUGUGUUGAUUUUGGGCUUUACUUUUUAAUGUGCAACUGUAUCGGAAAAAUAACAACAAUAAAAAAAAUGAGCUCCAGG